UUUCAGUCUCAUUCUGUCAUAUUUACUCUCCUCGGAUGUCCAAGGGGCUUGCUUGCUUUGGAAUCAAUGAUUAGCACCCUACUUGCACAGCUCUCACUCCAACUACUACUAGGCUGCAGGCAACACAAAAAUAAUUUUUUUCUUCAAUGUACCAGAGAGCUGCAGUAUGACCCGUCGUGUGGCAGUGAUUGGUGGAGGGGCUUCAGGUCUGGCCUGUAUCAAGUGCUGUUUGGAUGAGGGGCUGGAGCCUGUCUGCUUCGAAAGCAGUGAUGAUAUUGGUGGUCUGUGGAGGUUUAAGGAGAAUCCAGAGCCAGACAGGGCCAGCAUCUACCACUCUGUCAUCAUCAACACCUCAAAGGAGAUGAUGUGUUUCAGUGACUUUCCCAUCCCUGCACACUUCCCAAACUACAUGCACAACUCCCUCAUCAUGGACUACUUUCGCAUGUAUGCUGACCACUUCCAGCUCACCAAGCACAUACGCUUUAAUACCAAAGUCUUGCAGGUGAAGCAGAAAUCAGAUUUUUCUCAUUCAGGCGAGUGGGUUGUUGAAACAGAGAACAAGGAUGGCAAGAAAGAGAAACACGUUUUUGAAGCUGUGAUGAUCUGUAUUGGACACCACUGCUACCCCAACAUGCCUCUUCAUGACUUUCCAGGCAUUGAAACUUUCACGGGGAAGUAUUUCCACAGCAGAGACUACAAGACUCCUGAGGAGUGGAGGAAUAAAAAGGUCGUGGUGAUUGGAAUUGGAAACUCUGGAGGAGACAUAGCAGUGGAACUGAGUAGAGUCACCAAGCAGGUUUACCUCAGCACUCGAAGGGGAGCAUGGAUUCUGAACAGAGUCUGGGACAACGGGAUUCCCAUUGACUUGUUUUUUAACAGGGCGACAGGUUUCCUAAGAAAAAUUCUUCCCUUUGGUGUUUUCUGUAGUCUGAGAGAGAGCCGGCUCAACAAAAAAUUUGAUCACGCUCUGUACAACCUAAAGCCAAAGCACAGAGUGUUCAGCCAACAUCCCACAGUGAAUGACGAGCUUCCCAACCGCAUCCUCUCUGGAACAGUUCAGGUCAAACCCAACAUCCGCAGAUUUCAAGGUUCCAGUGUGGAGUUUGAUGAUGGCAGUGUAGUGGAAGAUGUUGACCUGGUGGUGUUUGCUACAGGAUACCGCUUUUCCUUUCCAUUCCUGGCUUCACAGGUGGUCUCUGUGUCUAACAACAAAGCAUCUCUGUACAAAUAUGUGUUUCCUCCUGAGCUUGAACGCCCCACCCUGGCUAUCAUUGGUCUAGUGCAGCCACUGGGAGCCAUUAUGCCCAUCUCUGAGAUGCAGGCCAGAUGGGCUACACGUGUCUUCAAAGGCUGCAUAAAGCUUCCUUCAGCAGCUGCCAUGCUAAAAGAUGUUCAAUCUAAGCAGGAGGCCAUGGCUCAAAGGUAUGUCACCAGUCAGAGACACACCAUCCAGGUGGACUAUGUCAGCUACAUGGAUGAAAUAGCAGAGCUAGUGGGAGUUCAACCCAACAUCCCAAGGAUGCUGCUGACUGACCCCAGGCUGGGAAUGAAUGUGCUCUUUGGUCCCUGUACGCCGUACCAGUAUCGUCUCAGGGGGCCAGGAAAGUGGGCUGGAGCCCGCCAGGCCAUCCUCAUUCAGUGGGAGAGAGUGACUCAACCUAUGCAGACCAGGCAAUGCGAUGACCCCAAACCUAGGAAAUCAUAUAAGUGGCUUCUGCUUCUGUCAGCUGCUGCUUUGUCCUUCACUGUCUAUGUUAAGAUGAACAGCCUUCCAGCUUUCCUGCAGGAUCCCACUGCUUUGCUAUACAGGCUUAAAAUAUGAUGAAAUGGAAAAUCCAGAACUGAUCAGUUUUAACUUUGUGCACAGGCAAUAAAAGUUUAAUCAGUUUACUUGGCUGAAGUCUGCCAGGCCAUCCUCACAUAGUGAGAACGAAUGGUUCGACCUCUAAUGACCACAGUGGCACGAGGACCACAGUAGACCUUGUAAUAGUAUAAUAGUACUAAUGUUAACGAAGAGGCUGCAUUAGACUGUUUUUAACAAUGAAAGACAUGAAUGAGUUUUUAAAAUAUAAAUUCUGGAUUUGUUUAACUCUGCACUAUAAUCUGAACAGAAGUGUUUCUGCAGCUUUCUUAAAAUUUAGCUUUUUGUUUUUUAAUUUUAUUUUCUGGUAAAUAACUCAGCCAACAAUCUGUGGUCCUUCCAGUAGCCUGUAAUGAAAUGUUCCAAUAAAAUUUCUAAUAAAUCAGA